AUGCUUCUGACCCUCUUGACUGUCCAGCGAGGUGACCUCUAUCAAAGCGACGAAACAACUCCGGUUCGCGCUGCUAAUGGCGGAACGGCUGCAAAGAUGGUCGAGACACACAUUCCAGCGCUAGCUGAAGACCAGUCACCGCAGAUCCAGUCUCUUCUCCGAUACCCGGCCUCGACUCCGCACCUCAACGCAUUCGGGCUGGUCAUCAAGGACUCGCCUACCGGAUCGGGUCGUGGGAUCUACGCCACGCAACCGAUCGCUUCGGAGACGCUCAUAGAGAUCAGCCCCGUGCUGCUCUUCCCCCCGGCCGAGUACCGAGAGUACGGAAGCAAAACACAGCUCGACGGCUACACAUUCAUCUGGAAACGCACGGGCAAAGAUACAGCGAUCAUGGCUCUUGCGUUGGGUCUGGGGAGUCUGUUCAACCAUUCUGCGAGGCCGAACGUCAAGUGGACGUUGGAUUACAAGACGCAUUCGAUACGGUAUGAGACGGUGAGGCGGGUGGAGGAGGGGGAGGAGCUGGUGAUUUCGUAUGGUAGCGGAAGGAUGUGGUGGGAGCCAGAGAUGACGGAGGAGGAGAAGGUGAGGGAGGAGGAGGAAAGGAGGAGGAGAGAGGACGUUUCCGAAGAGGCAUUGCAGAUGGGUAGGAUCGGCUUGGAUGAUGACGAUGAUGACGAAGAAGAAGUUGAGAGUAGCAAAAGAGGUGUGGUCAACGGUAUCGAGGUGAAACAGAAGGCUGGACCUAGCAGAUCGGCGAGAAACUUCCCACCGAUCUACCGUCUCACCGCCGCGAUCGACCCCGUCACCCUUCCCCUCACCACCCAAGAAGCUUGGAUCAUCGACAUCCCUCCCACCUCCGCCUCCCUCGCCGUCAAGUUCCUCCACCAACACUCCUCCAUCCUCCAGAAUCGCGAUGACGGUCUGCACUCGACCCGCCACCUUCGGUCCUUCCGAACCGCCGCGGAUCCGGAAACCAAGAAACCUCGGACGCAAUUCCUCCUCUGCCUCCGCACAGCUCUUCCCGACCGCAACCAGCUCGUCGAAUGGCUCGCCCGCACCGCGGAUGGCAUCUUUGGCAGCGAACCGAACCCCUACGUAGCGCCGGUACCUGUUAUCGCAGCACCCACCAAACAACGCUUGCCCGAGUGGCAGGCUGUCUGGCCGUGCAUCGUCCGCACCAACCCGAAGGAGCUUGUGCCGGGAAGUGGUGGGAACAGCGCUGGACCGGUGCUGCUGGUAGAUAGGGAGAAAGAUGCGGCGGUGUGGACGCAGGAUGAGGGGAGGUUGAGGUGGGCGCUGAAUCGCUUUAAACGCGUGGUCGCGCUGGCUAGGUAUGCGAUUGCGGAGGGUGGGGAUGGGGAGGGGGAGGGGAGGUUGAAGGCGAUCGCUUCGGCUGUGCAUGUGACGCAUCCGUACGACGUCGCACGACGAUUCAGCGCCACGGAAGGAAGCAUGGAGUGGAUGGAAAGAGAGCAAUGCGAUUGGUCAGAGUUGAUCGGUCCUACCGCACCCCUCAUCGGACGCGUUCAACCUCGAUCCACUUCCACGAACGACAAACACCAUUCCGACCUGCAAAAGCACUCCCUCCUAUCCACCCUACACAUGUCAGUCGACGAAUGGACCCGCUUCAACACCACCACCUGCCCCCUCUACUCUUCCUCUCCACCUUCCUCCGGUACCAUCGAGCUCGACUCUCUCGACCGCCGAAUUCCCCUCCGCAAUCCACUCAAACACGCUGUCAUCGACGCCGUUUCCCGCGUCUCUGUCCUCCGAACCCUCGAUCGCUCCCUCCCCUCCCCCACCGCUGAAGCCAACGGAUCGGACUACCUCCUAACCUCGCUCUCCCUGUUUGCGUUGUACGAACCGUGCGUGUACUGCACCAUGGCGCUCGUCCACUCGCGCGUAUCCGAGGUGUACUUCCUCCUCCCUUCCCCCGGUCGAGGUGGCUGUUGCGGUUCACAGCUUCCCGAACCCAACAGGUGCGACGAUGCAGGCCAGGAUGGUGGCAUCUAUGCGCUGCAGGAACAGAAGGGGCUGAACCAUUCGUUCGCCGUUUGGCGAUGGAUGGGCGAUCGAUUAAAGAUGCCCGGCCAGUCAGAUGGGUCGCUCGUCGACGAUCUAGCAAGAGAGUUUGAUAUCGGUCUUCUGGAUCCUUAA